GACAGCUCGGCCAGUCGGUUUCCGUUAGAUUUGGGAAGGAGAUGAUCAGAGUUUGUGUUUUACAGAUGAACAGUCCGCUGUGACCGUGAUGGACGAGAGUCGACAAAACAAGACCAGGGACUGUUAAAAUAAUGCUCCAGCUGCCUUAACGUGCUUUAUAAUGGCCAUCAGGGAACUGAAAGUUUGUCUGCUCGGGGACACAGGUGUGGGGAAAUCAAGUAUUGUGUGUCGAUUCGUUCAAGAUCACUUUGACCACAACAUCAGUCCAACGAUUGGUGCAUCUUUUUUAACUAAGACCGUCUCCUGUGGAAAUGAACUUCACAAAUUUCUGAUCUGGGACACCGCAGGGCAGGAACGGUUUCAUUCGCUGGCUCCCAUGUAUUACAGGGGCUCUGCAGCCGCCGUCGUUGUUUAUGACAUCACAAAACUCGAUUCAUUCCAGAUGUUAAAGAAGUGGGUGAAGGAGCUGAAGGAACACGGGCCGGAGGAUAUAGUCGUGGCCAUCGCAGGAAAUAAAACCGAUCUGGGCGAUAUCAGGGAAGUUCCAACUAAAGAGGCGAAAGAUUUCGCAGAGUCCAUUGCAGCCAUAUUUAUGGAGACCAGUGCCAGAAAUGCAGUAAACAUAGAGGAGUUGUUUCAGAAAAUCAGUCGACAGAUCCCUCCGCUGGAGAACACAGACGCUGACAGCAACGAGUCCUUUAAACUGACAGGACAGCCUCCUCCCUCCAGCAAACGCUGCUGUUAGACAUCCAUCUGCAAGUCACUACGAGCACCCUGCAACAUGAUCCCAUGUGAUGCAUAGAUUAAAGUGAAAAAAGUGAUAAAGUGAAGUGAAAUUAGAAUCACAAUACACACAAAUCAAUGUGUUUUAAUGUAGGAGUCUAUUAACCAGAUGUGGAUACAGUCACAUGACUGGCAGACAUACAUAUUACAGUAGGAAACUCAGCCAUUCUUCAGCUGAACCAUAUUCAUGUUCUCUGAACAUUGCAGUGAUGCUGAGCAAUGCGAGUUAUCACAACUUGGAAUAAUUUUCAUAUCAAGUCUUUUUAAAUGCAGUAUUGUGACAAAUAGAAAUGUUCGUAGUUAGCACAAUGUUUACACAAUAAGUGCCUUGGAAAUGUUAUUUUUAUGUCUGACAUUGCCGUUUUGAUAUGUAAAAACAAUAAUUUUAAUAGGGUAUUUCUAAUCUGGCUUUAUUUGAACACUUACAGUGACAUAGGAAAUGAAGAAUGAAGUACAGCUGGAUAAAACAAAAACUGUGUCCGUCUUUAUUUCAGGCUGCAAAGGAACAAAAAGUGAUUAUUUUAAAGGUGGGGGGGGGGUUCUUUUCUAUACCCACUUUAGAUGAAAGAUAGAGAUUCGCAAAUGUGUUGGUCACAUUUUGUAUUACAAUGAUCAUUGUAUUAUACAUUUUCAUACUACUACUGCUUAAUACUAAUAAACCACGUUUUAAUGUCAUUUUUGUAAAACUCUGCAAAAUUGCACAUAGUAAUUGUUUUUAUUUUAGUAAUUCAUUAUAAGGACACUGUAAAAUAAAGUGUUGCCAAUUUAUUCAUCCUAAAAAUAAAUAAAGGUUAUGAUUCUGGUCAUUGGUUAAAUGUAGAAUAUUUACCUUUAUUAAAUGAAAAUAUGAGGGGAUUCACCACCAGGGGGCACAAUUGGCUUUAAAUUGAACACAAGUUUUGUUCGCUCUUCUGCAAACCUCUGCUCACCUGUUGCUGUCAGUGUUGAAAAGUCUCAAGUGUUCAUAUUUUUCCCCCACUAAAUGUCUUAGGUUUGGGGUUUUUCAAUUGAUUUUGUAACUGAAGAAAAUUCUUUUAAUCUGUUAAACGAGUGCACUUGUUAUCUGAUCACUAAAUUUGUAGGAAAACUAACCAUUACUAGGUUAAUUUCCCCAAACAAUUUAAACACUGUGAUUCUGUGGCAUUUGUUCUUGUUUGCUUACUUUCUCAUGAGUUUGGGACAGGUAUCAGUUCGGCUGACCUGUCGCACACAUGGAUCGUACCGAUGGUUGGGUCAUAAUUUUUGCAGUUACAUUUGGUGACACUAGUGCUACCGAAAUUACACACUUCACCUUUGAGGCUAAAAGCAUAAAAGCUGAGUAAUUGUGAGCUCUUACAUAACCAGCCUACCUUGGUGUGGUCAUGAGUGGAUUGGUUGCCUGUCCUGUAGAGUAGGUUGUCAAUUUUGUAAUCAGAAUAAUUUUUUCUGUCAGUCACACAUGCAGCGCUGGUUCCACUAACAGUUUUGUUUUUUUGUUUGUAAAUCACCACAGCCAUAACUGAAAAAGCACCACGUGCAAUUUAACAUUUAAUUUGAGUAUAUUAUCAUACCUGUAGCUCUCUAAGUUAGAAAGUCUAAAAGUUAGUGUGAAUUCACGUUGAUGCCUUAAUCUAGCAAAUUCAGUCUGAAUCGUAACUAGAUGAGACCUGGUGACAAUGGUGUGAUGUCAUUUUCAAUUAAACUUUAUAUUUGUAUUUUUAAACCUACCUUUUGUUGGUUAACUUAAUGCUUCACUUAUGUGAUGUUGUUACAAUGGUAUCAAACACAUUUUGUACCAGAAGUCAUCAAUAAACUACAAAUGCAGUAUGCAAA